AUGCUUGGUGGAAAAGGAACCAAAUCCCAAAAGCAAAACGGACAACAGAAGCAGAAAUCGUUCACGCUUAUCCUGCAGGCGCUGGAUAUGUACAACGAGUCCUAUUCAAUAUCCGACCGGCUGAUCGAGGAGACAUCCUUCUCCGGCGUUAUUCUACCCUCGCACGAAUGGAAUACAUUAGAUCACACGGGGAAGAACGCCCGGAUCACCUAUCGGGUUCGGGUGCAAUGUGCGGACAACUACUACAACACGACCUGUACGACGUUCUGCCGGCCCCGGAAUGACCAAUUCGGGCACUAUACCUGCGGCGAACAGGGAAGCAAGGUGUGCCUACCGGGCUGGCAGGGCGCCAACUGUGAGAAAGCAAUCUGCAAGCCAGGAUGCGACCAAAUCCAUGGCAAAUGCGAUCAGCCGGGAGAAUGCGAAUGUCGCCCCGGUUGGCGGGGGCCACUUUGUAACGAGUGCAUGGUCUAUCCGGGCUGUCGCCAUGGUUACUGUAACGGCAGCGCCUGGCAGUGCAUCUGUGAUACCAACUGGGGAGGAAUCCUGUGCGAUCAAGAUCUCAACUACUGCGGCACCCAUGAACCCUGCAUGCACGGUGGAACCUGCGAGAACACAGCUCCGGACCAAUAUCGGUGCACCUGUGCGGAUGGGUUGUCCGGGACGCGCUGUGAAAUCGUCGAACACCCGUGUGCCCCUCAACCGUGUAAGAAUGGCGGUACCUGUGCACUGAUCGGUAGCUACGGUGGCCGCGGUGACGGACAGGACAAGUUGGACUCUAGCACAGCUCCGUCCAUCAUCGUCCGGCGUGGUAUGCGAGGGAUGAGUUCGAUGGGGAAACCGUACGGGAGGAGUAGUAGUAGUAGUAGCAGUAUUAGUGGUAGCAACAGUGGUGGUAAUAGUGCCAGUCAGGGGGCGGCAGCUAUAGCGGCUCUUUCCGGGACCGCUAACGGAGGUGUCGAAGGCGGAGGAGGAGCGGGAUCAGGAGCAGCAAGCGAAUCCAAGGAAACACUGAAACACAUUUCGCAUCCGCAGCCGCUGAAGGAUUUCGUUUGUACAUGUGCGCCCGGAUGGACCGGACCGACCUGCGAGAUAAACAUUGACGAAUGUGCCGAGGGUCCGUGCCAGAAUGGUGGCACCUGCAUCGACAUGGUCGGCAGAUUUCGCUGCGAGUGUCCACCCCAGUGGACGGGCGAGACGUGCAAUAUCGAUGUCGACGAGUGCGAAACGAACGUAGCGUCCGGAUUGGGCCCGUGCAUCAACGCGGAAUCCUGCCGAAAUUUCCCCGGUUCUUUCCAGUGCAGCUGUCUGGAGGGCUGGGGUGGUCCAACGUGUGCACAAAAUAUGGACGACUGCGUGGGCAGGUGCAAAAACGGGGCCACCUGUAUCGACCUGGUCAACGAUUACCACUGUGCCUGCGCGGCAGGUUAUACGGGUCGUGACUGCAGCACCGAUAUCAACGAGUGUGUGAACUUUCCGUGCCGCAACGGGGGCGAAUGUGUCGAUCUGAUCGGUAACUUCAAGUGCAUCUGUCCGCUCGGUUACUCCGGGACCCUGUGUGAGGAAGCGAAGGAUCACUGUACCUCGUCACCGUGCAUUGAGGGUCGUUGUCUGAACACCCCGGGCGGAUACUACUGUCACUGUCCUCCAGGGCGGGCCGGGAGGCACUGCGAAUUUCUUCGGACGCCAUGCCAAUCUCCACCCUGCUCAACUGAUGGCUGCACCAUGCCUAUGACGAAUGAGUCCUCCACCAAUCCGGCGGUCAUUAUGGCCCCAUGCAGCGGUCGUGGGAAAUGCGAAUCCAGUGCGCUGGGAUCGAGCUGCGUCUGCCAGGGUGGAUUCACCGGGAUCUUCUGUCAGCACAAUGUCAACGAGUGCAUAUCGAAUCCGUGUAAAAAUAACGGAAUCUGCAUCGACGGUGAUGCGGAGUAUAGCUGCGAAUGUCCUCCCGGUUGGAGCGGACGGACCUGCUCGGAGCGGGCGAUCCAGUGUUUGCCGGGUCAGUGUAUGAACGGUGGUUCCUGCGUGCUGUCUCCGAUUUCCGGUAUCGCACAGUGCCGCUGUACCCUCGGUUGGGGUGCACCGUUUUGUAAUGAACCGAUGGAUCAGUGCCAGGGACAACCGUGUCACAAUGGUGGUAUCUGCGAGUCUGGUCCGGGCUGGUUCCGCUGUCUGUGUGCCCGAGGUUUCUCCGGACCGGACUGCCGGAUUAAUGUGAACGAAUGCUCGCCGCAGCCGUGCCUUGGCGGGGCCACCUGUAAGGACGGGAUCGGUGGUUUCACCUGUAUCUGUCCCGUCGGAAGGAGGGGAGUUCGCUGCGAAAUCUUACUCUCGGACCCCUCGUCGGUGUGUUCUAACACGACGACCAACUCACCGUACGAUCCACUGGUGAACCGAGACACGCCUACCGUGAUCGACGAAAGCAACUGCAAUUCGUGCGUUUGUGCCAACGGUAAACCCCGCUGUUCGAAUCUGUGGUGUGGGUUGAAGAACUGCCUGAACAGGAACCUGUCUGGGAACGCUUGCGAGACACAUCAGGUGUGUGUUCCGGCUGCUCAGGAGAACUGCCUGUCACCGCCCUGUAUUCCGCGAGGUGACUGCCGAACGUUCGAACCAUCGCGGAGGGUAGCUCCUCCACGAAUUCCGGCUCCGAUCGAUUGUUGGCCAAAUCAGGCUACCUUGGGAUCGCAGUGUGCCCGAAUCUCCAUCCUGCUGGAGCUCAAUCGGCUAACGCGAGGCACCUCCGUCGAUGGACUGUGUCACGUGCUGAGGUUACAGCUAGGCGAAAAGCUGAUCAAAAGUCCCUCGUUCGAUGUUUCCGUAUUCAUCGUGGUAAUGUGUGAUCUCAAAACGGGAACUAACGACACCAUCGAAGUGACCCUGUCAACGCCAACCGAUAGCAGCACCGGGUCCAGUUCCCUGUCGGAAGUCGUCCGCCUGCUGGCGGAGAUCCUUUCCCGCCAGCAGGGCGUCCAGAAUGAAUCCUUCCAGACGGACAUUACGGAAGCGGCCCCGCUAACAUCGAUCCUCGAAGUCAAGGUGGAAACCGCACUCAUCAAUGAAGCCAGUAACGAUUCCAACUACCUGAUUGCGUUCGGGUUCGGAAUUGCCAUAGUUGCCCUGUGUCUGGGUGCCUUCGUGGCCCUCGUCUGGAGGCAGAAGAUCCAGAACCACUCCGGUUCCGGGAUGAAUCUCACCCCGCAUCUGGACCUGUCCCGAGGUCACGAGGAGGAGAAGAGCAACAACCUACAGAACGAAGAAAACUUUCGGCGGUACGCCAAUCCGCUGAAGGGCAGUGCCAGCUCGCUUCGGGGUGCCAUGGAGCUGAGCUUGAAUCCGGCCCCGGAGAUCAACCAGAUUGCUGGGCCAAGCAGCGCGCUGCACCGAUCUCAGCAGUUGUAUCCAAGCUGCGGUCCCGACGGCGCCGAGUACGAGAAAGAUCCGGACAAACAGAAGGCCGCCAACCGCAACUCGCACAUUCUGCUGCACAAAACGCAGAACGCCGACGUCACCAAGAACAUUGUCAGCUCGAUCGAGAGCCAGCACAAAGACUUCGGCAAGCGAAGCAUCAACGAUCACACGGCACCGGCCAGUUCGCAGCCUGCUACGCUUGCUGCGGGAGCCGUAGUCGUGGUAGGAAAUAGUGUACCCACGGCUCCGAGCAGUACGGCCCCGGCGCCUCUUGCCCUGCCCGAAUCCGAUGUUCUCACUGUACAUGUGUAAGUGAAAGUCUGUUUUUUUUAAUUUUACUUCGCUUAGAUUUAGGUCGCGUCACAACGUACAGGAGCACAGUCUCAGUUGAGCAAACACGAAACUGAACGAAAGCGAGAUUCUCAUUUUUAUAGGACUUUAUAUUUUAGCGAAGAAGAAAAAAGAAGAAAAACACAAACUUAUUUAUUUGCCUUCCUCAGAAACUUAGACUACUUUGUUGACAUCCCCCGUCUACUAUUUGUAAAUAUAGUAAAUCUUAUCUUGAGACAGUUGAGAGAGAGAGAGAGAGAACGAAAGAGAGCGAACGAGCGCGUGAUUCGUGCAAUGAAAUGACAAAUUUUCUAGAGCAGAAGAAGUAGUAGUAGAAGAAGAAGCUCCUCCCAGUUUUCGGGCGAGGUGACUGAAAUUUCCGUACUUUUCGUUCCACUGAUUUGCCGUUUUUUUUUCUCGAGCUGAUCCGUGGAAUGUGAUUUAACUGUGUAACACACGUGCAUUCCGGUGCGAUUGACAAUUCCAGCAGUGCACAGUUAAAUGUAAUGUGAUAUUAAGUAAGGAGAAGUAGUAUUUUUAGGCGAGGAACCCCGAAAUCGGAACAACGAACAUUUCACAGUAAAAAAUAUUUAAAACAAUUUACUUAAGCAAACGGAACAGCGAAGCGGUUAGGCGAAACUAAUUCUUUACAUUUAAAGAAAAGUAGAGCUAAAACUUACUACUUUAUCGAUGUUGGAAGUAGCAACAUACCUGGGCCAUCUGUAGAAAGAAAAAAAGACGAUAGGAAACAGAUUAGGUACGGCACCGUUUUUUGACAGAUAAACGAUAGAUUGCACACUAAUUUAAUUCUAGCCUGUAGAAGCAGUAUCCAGUUUUUUUGCCUUAUGAAGUAAUUAUUAUUGAACAGAAGAAAAAAAAACUAAAUAAAAUAGUUCCUUGUUUUAGAUAUGCUCGAUUUUAUGUAAAAUGUACAGACUUUUAAACUUAUCGUGUACAUUCAAAACAUAGCCGCUCGGUAGCGAAGCAUACUCAAGAAACGAAAACAAAAAGCACAAAUACACACAAAAAACAAACGAAGCGAAAUGUAGAUAUUUUUCGUUGGUCACGGAUGAACUAGUAUUCUGUGAUGCAAAUUAACUCCUCUUUUUUUCUCCAGUGUAGGAAUAGCUGAAUAGAUUGUUUUCUUUUAUACAACUCAUUUGUGUGGACGAUUGUGUAAAUACCUGUAAAAAGCCGCAAUUUUACUAGGAUUACAAUUUAUUUUCUUGUUUAGAUAGUAAGCAAAUGUAGAGCAAAGGAAGUGCUGAAGCAGAACUAACUAAUUGUAAUAUCUUCACUUUGCCCAGUUCCAGAGUACAUGGUACUUAAAAAGGCUUCAAAAACCAGAAAAUGAUGAAGAAAAUUUAAAAAAAAACAAGAAACACACUCACGAAUAAAAG